CAUGAGAAGCCAUCACCACUAUAAAUAUCCACAUGCAAAUAUCUAAUUAGGGUUUAGACGUUUCUUCACGCAGCGCUUUCGGGUUUCAUCGCAAUCCUUCUCCGAAGCCGUUUGCGCAUUGCAUCACCAACCAACACCAAGAUGGAAUCACAGAUUAAGAAAGCUCACGUUGUCCAAGUUAUGGGACGAACUGGAUCUCGUGGACAAGUCACUCAGGUGAGAGUGCAGAUUGUGGAGGAUCAUAAUCGUUUCAUCAUGAGAAACGUCAAAGGUCCCGUCCGGGUAGGAGAUACCCUGACUUUACUUGAGUCCGAGAGAGAAGCACGACGACUCCGGUAGAACAGCAACUCUUUAAAUGGUGUAGUGCAAGAUGUAAUAUAGCCAUGCUGGUUUUGUGACAGAUUAUGAAAAAUGUUUUUGUAUUGCCUUACAUUUUGCUCCUAUGGCCUAUAUUAUUACUUGUGAACUUUUAUUUGGAUGAGUUUUGAUUUAAAACUGUGAUUUGCCCUAUAUUAUGUUUUUCAUGCUU